AUGGCGCACCUGCCGCCGAGGGCGCCGAGCGCGGCGGGGCAGGACUGGUCGUCGGCCGGCGACUUCCUGGGGUUCGCGGCCGCCAGGCGGGGCGCGCACCGCCGCUCGGCCAGCGACUCGGCAGCGUUCCUCGAGGCCGUCCCGAUGGACGACGUCCUCAGCGGCGGCGCUGACUUCGACAGGCUCGACGACGAGCAGCUCAUGUCCAUGUUCUCCGACGUUGACGCGCCGGCCGUGUCGUCCGACGGCGGGGGCUUCAUGGACACGGGGGAUGCGGAGGAGGGGACCGCCGGCGCGCGCGCCGCGGACGGCUUCGGUGACCCCAAGAGGGUCAAGAGAAUUUUGGCGAACAGGCAGUCAGCCCAGAGGUCAAGAGUUCGGAAGUUGCACUACAUCUCUGAGCUUGAACGCAGCGUCACCGGUCUUCAGAUGGAGGUUUCAGCACUGUCUCCUCGCGUGGCCUUCCUGGAUCACCAGCGCUCAUUACUGACCGUCGGAAACAGCCAUCUCAGGCAAAGAAUUGCCGCCCUCGCACAAGACAAGAUCUUCAAAGAUGCUCAUCAAGAGGCGCUCAAGGAGGAGAUCGAGAGGCUACGGCAGCUGUACCACCAGCAGCAGAUCAAGGCCACAGGCGGUGCCGACAUCGCCACAUCCGCUUCAAUGCAGGCCAAGCAAGAGCUCCUUGUGUGCGAGGGAGCAGCGAUGCGAUAG